AUGGGCGGUUGCGGGAGUAAAGAGGGCAAAGAAAUGGCGCAGAGGAGUCGAGAAAUCGAGAGGCAAUUGAACGCGGAUAAGAAAGCCAAAGCGAACAUGAUAAAGCUCUUGUUGUUAGGAGCUGGAGAAUGUGGAAAGUCGACAGUUCUCAAACAAAUGCAAAUCUUACAUAGCAACGGUUUCACAGAGGAUGAAAUCAAUGAGAAAAAGCGAUCAUUUUUGGCAACACUAGAAGAUGACAAAUCGAUGGUCUACAAAGUGCAAGAGAUGGGUCAAGAAGCCGAGCCGAUCACACUAGAAUUGGCUCAAGCGUUGCAAAGACUAUGGGACGAUCCGGGAGUGAAAAAAGGCUACGAAAUGAGAGCCGAGUACCAAUUGACGGAUUCAGCAAAAUAUUUCCUUGACAAUGUGAUCCGAAUCUCCGAGGCUGGCUAUCGACCCAGCGAACAGGAUAUCCUUUUCUCGAGAGCCGCCACAACGGGAGUCGUUGAAGUCAAGUUCAAGAUCAAGGAUCUCGAUUUUCGAGUGUUCGACGUGGGUGGACAACGAUCGGAGAGAAGGAAAUGGAUUCAUUGCUUUGAUAAUGUUGAGGCGAUUAUCUUCAUUACUGCAAUUUCCGAGUACGAUCAAGUCUUGUUUGAGGAUGAGAAUACGAAUCGAAUGAUCGAAUCAAUGCAAUUGUUUAAUUCGAUUUGUAACUCGACAUGGUUUCUCAACACGGCGAUGAUCCUUUUCUUGAACAAAAAAGAUUUGUUCUCCGAGAAAAUCAAACGUGUUAAUAUUACGAGCGCUUUUCCGGACUAUGAAGGUGGUCAAAACUACGAGGAAGCUGUGAACUAUAUAAAGAUGAAAUUCGCUGAGUUGAACAUGAAUCCGGAUAAGAAAAAUAUCUAUAUGCAUGAGACGUGUGCCACGGAUACAAAUCAGGUUCAACUCGUGAUUUCGAGUGUCAUCGACACCAUCAUUCAGAAGAAUCUACAGAAAGCUGGAAUGAUG